AUGAAGUUCAUCUCUCUCCUCUCUAUUGUCUUGGUCUCUGUUCUCUCUGCUGCUUAUGCGGAGAAGGAACCAGCCGUCCUCCAAUUCUUGCCAGCUCCUCGUAUAUUCCCGCCAGAGUAUAGAAUUCGUGCCGACUUCCUCAACAGUCGCACUAGCCACGAGUUUAUCUUGAGGACCAAGGAACCAAAUUGGCUUGCCUCUUACCCCGAAAGAUCACGUGGCGUUGUUGAUUACAGCGAGCUUCCAAAGGGUCGAUACAAUGCGAUUAUCAAUGACAAUGAUGCGAAAGGUGGUGACAAGGUUCUCAGGAUUGAUCUUACCAGACCCGGAGCAGAGUUCCACUAUGAAGGAACAAGCGUAACCGAUGAACCUGUCGAUGACCUACCAGCUGAUGGAUAUGCCCGCGAGAUCGAGGAUGACGACUUCCGUUACUACAGAUCCUCUCGUUUCUAUCGUAACCAAGACCGCCACUGUUACUAG